UAAACAAAUGCAUGAACAACCCAUCAAAUAAUAUCAAAAUAUUGUACCCAAAAUUAAUCAAUCUAGCAUUAUUGGGUCUUAGAAGGUGCCUUCCUAGUUGCUAUACGAGGAAAUUAUAUUUAUAGUCAUUUAAAGAUUAAUAAGUUGGGCAAUAGGGGUGUUUACAUGCAUGCAACUCUCAAAAUUAUUUUAUUUUAUUUUUAUUGUCUAUUAAACCAACUAUUUCUUUGUGGCUAUUCCUUGAGACUCGUUCUGUCCUCCUCCUUCGUCUUCUUCGUCCUCUCUCUCUCUCUCCUCUGACAUUUCGAUUUUGCGAAGCUCCUGCAAUCUAUCCUUUGAUGGCAUCUGAGGAUAGAGGUAGGCCAUUGCCAAAAUUUGGUGAGUGGGAUGUAAAUAAUCCAGCCUCAGCGGAUGGUUUCACGGUGAUAUUCGCCAAGGCCAGAGAUGACAAGAAAACCAACGGAAAUGCUGUGAAUGGGGCGCAAUCAGCGCAAAAGAAUGACAAUAAUCCACCAAGACCAGAUCUAAACUCUCAGGACAAGAAGUGGUUUUGCUGUUUCUGAGACCCUGCUGCUUUUUCAAGCUCCAGUUCUGUGGUGCCAUGUUUGUCUCAAGAAGUAGGAAAGACGAGGUGGUCAUUCUACUCGUAUAAUGUACUCUUUUGGAAGAGGAGGGAGGCGACAAACAUGAAAACACCGCAUUUCUUGCUCUUUGUAUGAUUGGAACCUCACCGAUUCAUUCACACAUUCUUAUUUCUCAAUUAUAUUAAGUUCAACGUUAUUUGCUAGCAAAUAUUAGGGACAAUAGACGUUCACAAGGUUUCGUGUUUUUUUCUUCUUUUAAAUGUUUGGUUGUGAGAUUGGUAAUUUAUCUUGAGAAAAUGUAUGUGAAAAAAAUAUAAUACAUUCUAGGUAUUUUACUA